AUACAACCUGGACAAGGUUUCGUAGUAUAUCCUGUCAAGUAUAAAGCGAUUGUAUUCAGGCCAUUUAAGGGUGAAGUGUUGGACGCGAUUGUGACUCAAGUGAAUAAGGUUGGAAUGUUUGCUGAAAUAGGUCCACUUUCAUGCUUUAUUUCUCAUCACUCAAUCCCAGAGGAUAUGCAGUUCUGUCCAAAUGUGAAUCCAGCCUGUUACAAAUCGAAAGAAGAGGAUGUAGUUAUCCAGGCGGAUGACGAAAUUAGACUGAAAAUUGUGGGCACAAGAGUUGACGCCACGGGAAUU